GAUACGAGCAAGAAUAGCUGUGUUUACUCCUUCCACAGGACAAGCUGUCCCUGGCCUCUCCGCCAGGCCCUCACGUCGUCCAACAUUAUGGUUAACCUCGAAAAAGUCUGCCAUGACCCGGAGGACAUAAGGCCCUCCGCGCUGGCUUUUAUCGCUCACGGCGGAUUGGGUGGAACAAUGGAUUCUCCGGUUACAGCCGCCCUUGCUGAAACUCUCCAAUUAUCAUUGGGGGCCCGAGUGGUUAGAUGGAAUGCGCGUGGGAUAGGUCAGAGUAGCGGAAGGUCCGAAUGGUCUAGUCGGCCGGCGUGGGUAGGCGAGGAUAAUUGCUCGGAUUACAAGGACAUUUUCCGGGAAGAAAUCGUACGAUUCCUGGACGACUUCCCUUCUGCCUGUGACUGUAAUCUGAUCGUUUGCGGAUACUCCUGUGGAGCUAUCUAUGCCACCACCAUUCGUAUGCCAAAUGACCUCGCAGAUCGAUGUUCAAAGAUAUUCAACCCUAUCCGAUACAUCCUAAUAUCUUACCCAAUCGCUGUUUCUCCCGUUCUCGGUCUCUUCAGGACGGGGUGGUACUUCCGUGCACUAGAAGGUCUCAUUGGAGGCUCCUGGGAAGACUGUCGACACGAAGCACAUGCGGAUGUGCUCAUCCUGAUGGGCAAAAAAGAGCUCGGAGGGAAGUUAUCGCCAGUGCGGAUUUCGUAUAAUAUAUGGAUGAAAGUACUGAAUAGCAAGAGGCGCUCAGAACAGGGAAGGUUUAAGGCUAUUGUCGUUGAUGGGGCAAAUCAUGUUUGGAAGGAUAAGCUGGAGAACCUCCAGGAGGAGGUGUAUAAAUGGCUAUGAUAUUGGGUCCACAUUUAAUGAGCUGCAGAGACUUGGUUCAAGGGUGCAGACUUCUGGGGAAGCUGGGUUUCCCUUGGAAAGGAGGAACUUACGAAAUGACAAGGGAUUCCGUGGAGGCUCCGAAUUACAAUGAAAUCGAGAAGUAGAUGAAACUUUGCAUCGGAGGAGAUGAUCGACGGAAGUAGUAUCUUCUACUCCUAGCACAUAUUAUUCUUGCCUUACAGGAGACUUCGGGUAGCGCGAUGGCUGGAAAGACGAAGAGGGAAGUUGCGAAAGUAUGAGUAUGACCACCCGCGGAUCACCGUUAUAUGUAUGACGAAAAAAAUGAACUAGCAC